AUGAAUUUGUAUCUCUUAUUUUUCUUGCUGAGUACUAAAUUUUAUUUUGCUUCUUGUGAGUCUAAUUGUGUGAAUAUUAAAACAUGUGGUGAGUGUAUCGGAUUCGCCAGUGAUGAGUGUAUUUGGUGUGCUGCAGAUGCACACGAUGGUGAUAGAUGUCAAUCUGGGAGUUCCAAUUUAAAUAAUAUUACAUGGUGCAAUGGGAAAAUAUAUAGUUCAAAAGUAACUUAUGAAAUCAAACAGGAUAAAAAUUUCACUAAAGGAGAGAAUGGCGAAGAUGUAGUUCAGUUUAAACCUCAGUUAAUAAAGGUUAAAGCACGACCUGGAGUACCUGUGGAUAUAAUUAUGUCAUAUAAGCCAGCAAAAGAUUAUCCUUUAGACAUUUAUUACUUAAUAGAUUAUUCUAGAACAAUGCUGGAGCAGGUAGAAACAUUAAAAGAGCAAGGAAAGAGUAUUUACGAAGGACUAUUACAUUUAACCAAUAAUGUAAGAUUGGGCUUUGGAAGUUUUGUAGAGAAACCUUCUUUGCCUUUCGUUGACGUUAAUAUGCAAACGUCGUAUUCUUUUAAAAAUCAUUUAUCUUUAACGGAGAACAAAACAGAAUUUGCAAAAGCUUUAAAUGAUAAACCUUCGGGUGUAAACUACGAUGCGCCUGAAGCAGGUUUCGACGCACUAAUGCAAGUGAUGGCUUGCAGAAAAGAACUUAAUUGGAGAGAAAAUGCGAGGCGUAUUAUAGUACUAAGCACUGAUUCUACAUACCACAGCGCAGGAGAUGGAAAAUACGUGGGUGCUUUUAUACAGCACGACAUGAAAUGUCACCUUGUUAAUAACAUGUAUACGGAAGAUCUAAAAUUCGAUUAUCCAUCUGUUAGUCAAAUAAAUAAAAUAGCGACAGAAAAUAAUUUCAUGAUUAUUUUUGCUGCGGUGCCAAAUGUUACGGAUCAUUACAAAGCUUUAGAGAAAAAUAUUCAAGGUUCCAAAUAUGUACCAUUAGAAGCAAGUCCCAAACUUUUAGAAAUGAUCAAAGAGGAAUAUUUGAGUCUAAUCAGAAAUAUGCAAUUGGAAUACACAAUGCCAGAUUUUAUGCAACUUACUUUUGAUCCGGAUUGUAAUAAGCCUGGAAAUUGCGUUUUACAACAUGACCAGCAUAUUGACAUUAAAGGAACUCUAAUGAUUAACUCAUGCCCACCUGAUAAUAUGUUUACUUACCUGGUCAAAGUUGGUCCAAGACUUUUAGGUGAAAAAUUAAGUAUAUCAGUUGAAGUAGAUUGUCAGUGCGAUUGCGAAAAACCUGGAAAGGGCGAACAAAAUUCAAAUAAGUGCAGUUUGGGAGGCACUUAUCAAUGUGGGGUGUGCAAAUGUAACGAUGAUAGGCAUGGAGACGUUUGCCAAUGCGAAGGAAGCAAAUCUGAUAUAAAAGACUCGGACAAAUGUAAGGAGAAUGAAGGAGCAGUAUAUCUAUGUAGCGGGCACGGGAAAUGCAGUUGUGGAAUAUGUACGUGUUACAAAGAUUUCUCAGGUCAGUUUUGUGAAUAUGAUGACAAAGCGUGUUUAACUUCUGACGGUAACAUUUGCUAUGGAAAUGGUAUAUGUAAAUUCGGUAAAUGUCAAUGCGAUGCACAAUGGCUUCCAGAUUAUUGUAUGUGUCCCGUCGAUAAAGAAAAAGGCUGUAUUGCACCACAAUCUCAUGAAGUAUGUUCAGGAAACGGAGAAUGUGUUUGUGGUAAAUGUGUCUGUAACUCAAGAAAUAGUACUCACGGAAAAUGUUCUGGAAUGUUCUGUGAUGACUGCGAAGAAGUAGCGAAGCGUUGUAAGGAACUAGAAGACUACGCUUAUUGUAAUUUGAAUAAUAAAAAAAUAGAAUGUGAUGAAAAAUACAACCUAUCAGAUGCUAUUGUCACGAUAGUUAAUAAAACAGAAAUUAAUUCACCUGAAUAUUUUGAAGCUAAUAUGUGGUGCAAAAAAAUUGUGGAAGAUGGCAAAGCUUUUAUAUUCAAAUAUCACUAUCCAAAUUUAUCAACAUUGCGUCUGAUCAUACAAAGUGAUUUGGAAACGCCUCCUGUUGCUAAUAUUUUAAUUGCAGCUGGCAGUGUCAUAGGAGCAGUACUGUUGAUUGGAAUCAUUACCGUGAUUGUGUGGAAAAUCCUAGUCGAUUUACACGAUAAGAGAGAAUAUACGAAAUUCCUUGAACAGUCUGAGGCAGCGGGAUUCGAUACAACCUUGAAUCCAUUCUAUGAACCACCUUCUAUUAAUUUCACAAACCCUGUAUACAGUGGC